AUGGAGACGGCCCAAGAGGCCUAAAUAGGCCUCGGGCCUCUUCUGUGGGCCAAGGCGGCGAUGGCGCUUGAAACGGUCGUCGGCGUCCUCCUGCUCUGCUUGGCCUUCCCGAGCCUGGGAUGCGCAGACGACGAUGGCUGGGACCCGUCCGGAUACCUGCUUUACUGCCCCUGCAUGGGGAGAUUUGGGAAUCAAGCAGAUCACUUCCUCGGGUCUUUGGCGUUCGCUAAGACAAUGAAUCGGACAUUAGCUGUGCCUCCGUGGAUUGAGUACCGGCAUCACAGACCGCCCUACACGAAUCUACAUGUUCCCUACCAAGAAUACUUCAAGCUGGCCCCCCUGCUAGAAUACCACCGCGUCAUUAGCUUGGAGGAGUUUAUGGAAAAGCUGGCACCCACCCACUGGCCGCCUGGCAAGAGAGUGGCCUAUUGCUUCGAAGCGGCAGCUCAGAGAAGCCCUGACAAAAAAACCUGCCCUAUGAAGGACGGGAAUCCCUUUGGGCCUUUCUGGGAUCAAUUUGCAGUGGAGUUUGAUAUGUCGGAGAUAUUCGGAGGCCUCUCCUUCAGCUCCUUUUACAAAGACAAAUGGAACCAAAGGUUUCCACCCUCUGAACAUCCCAUUCUCGCCCUCCCGGGUGCCCCGGCACAGUUUCCUGUCCUGGAAGAGAACCGGCCCCUGCAGCGUUACGUGGUUUGGUCCGAUGAGAUGGUGGAGAAAGGAGAGUUCUAUAUUAAGUCACUCCUGAUCAGACCCUACGUGGGAAUUCAUCUGCGGGUGGGCUCAGACUGGAAAAACGCCUGCAAUCUGCUGAAGGAGGGCACUGCGGGGUCGCAUCUGAUGGCGUCACCACAAUGCGUGGGUUACAAUCGCAACACUGCCGCCCCCCUGACCAUGGAUAUGUGCUUGCCGGAUCUGAAAGAGAUCAAGCGUGCCCUGGAACUCUGGGUGGAAAAGGUGGAGGCCCAAACCGUGUACGUGGCCACCGACUCAGAGCCCUACACCAAAGAGAUACAGCAGCUUUUUGAAGGAAAGGUAAAAGUGGUCCAUUUGCAACCCGAAGUGGCCCAGAUAGAUCUGUAUAUCCUCGGCCAGUCCGACCAUUUUAUCGGCAACUGCGUUUCUUCCUUCACCGCCUUCGUGAAACGGGAGAGGGACGUGCACCGGAGGCCGUCUUCCUUUUUUGGCAUGGACUACCCCCCUAAGCUGCGGGAUGAAUUAUAACCCACGGAGGAUGAUGGGCUUCGGGUCUUGGGACCAGCAUCCUGGUGCUGUUUUGUUUUUUUAAAAAAUAGUCUGACCUGGGAGAACAGAGCAACUCCUCGGAAAAUCCCCUU